AUGUUAUAAGAUGAGAUCAUGAAACCUUCUUUUAGGCUAAGCGAUUUAUUGAAAUUUGAAGACUAAAGUCUCUUUGCAGAAUCUCCAACCAAAAGAAAGUCUUUGGCUCCUCCGAAACCUCUCUAAAGGCAUAUAUUCGAAAUAACAACUGGGGCUUUUCAAUUUACCAUUGGGGAGUUUACUUAGAGCAUUAAAAAGGAGAGAGUGCCUAUCUAAAAAAAUCUAAUAAAGAGGAUUAAUGUGUAUGUAGAGAAUGAAUGCUAACAAUUACAAGUGCAACAACAGCUGGAAAAGAGAAUUCAAUAAAAAAUAAUUGAAGAUCUUAAUUUAUUGGUUUUUGCAUUAUGCCAUAUUUCAAAGCCAAUAGUGGAUUUUCUUGAAAAUCAUUUCAUUGAUUACGCUGAAGAGUUGUAAAUAACUGUUUGGGAGAUUAAUCUAUAACUUUUUCAACCGAAAAUUGUUGAAUUGAUAAAAAAAUAUAUAGCCACUAGUAUGAACAUAGUUUCUGGCAGUUUAUACUCUCAAUUGAUAGAACAAUCACAUUAAUUAUUAACCAGUUUAUCUUAUGAAGUUAGUGAUUAAAUAUGUUUAAUUUUAGAGGAAUGCAGAGGGUACAUAGAACCAUUUAUUUCUAAAUUUCGAGAGAGAAAUAUCCCAUAAAUUUUAUUAAACAAAUAUACUAUAUUAGCAUUAUUUUAAGAAUUAAGUUAGAAUUGCUAUCAAACGAUACAAGACCUCUUGGAGUUUACACUAUUCCAUUAUGCUGAACCUGAUGUUGUUGAAAAAUUCAUGAGAUAUGCAAUUGAAAAUUAUGACACAUUGAUACUGAAAAAUAAAAUGCUCUCUAAUUCAGCAUAGCAAAAUGAAAGCAUUAGCAGACAAACAGUUGACUAAGUAUUGGACUGUCUUCAAUAAUGCAUCACAAAUAAAAGUAAGUCAAUUGCAGUGUACAAAAUUUAAUGUAGACAAAAACUACAAAAAAAAUCAAGUGAAGAUGAUGAAGAUCAAUGUACACAAUCAACUGGCAUUAAAUCUUUUAAGAUGUAAAAGGAUGCAAGAUAUUAUUUAAAUGGAUUAUAUUUCGAAAGCGAAGAUCCUCAAUCAAAAUUUAUCAUCUAUGUAAUGAAUGAGGAAUUCAAAGUGAUAUAUGCUCCAUUAGUAAGUAAAAGAUGGGCAUUUUAGAAAACUUUUGUGAUUGAUUAAUAAGAAAAAGAUGGAUUCUUUAAAAAAGAUUCAAAUAGAAAGUCAGGUUGGGGAGUGUACCCAGUAAAAUUUAAAACAAUGAAGGAAUUAAUACACUCUAAUUGGGUUCAUGAAUAAUUAGCAUUAAUGAUAUUGAAUUAAUACUAAGAGGAUGAGUACCAAUUAAGAAAACAAGCCGAAGGAGAAAUGGAUACAAUGUUUGGAUCAUUUUUAGCCAAUGUUAACAGAAACAAAGAAUUCUUACAAAAUUUUGGUGAAAAUGCAGUGAAUAAUGGUUGUAUGUAAUAAUUGGUGGUUUAUAUGCCUUUACUUAAAGACUUUUUAAAUUUAGGAGGGUUUGGUGCUUAAGCUUUGUUGACUAGUUAAGAAAUAUACACUCCAUAGAGAACUUUUACUUCUACUUUGGCGAUAUCCACUUCAUUAGUGUCAGGGGCUUUGAUUGGAUAGGCUUUGAUUCCGAUUCCUUUGGUGGGAGGAAUUGUUGGAGGGAUUAUUGGUGGAUAUUUGGGGAAUAAGGGAAUGACCAAUUAUACUAAGAGUAGAAAUGAGAAGAAGUCUUAGGAAAUGGUGUAGAAGUUAUUGCAGAAUUAAUUAUAAGAUGGUCAUUGGGAAUGCAAUAAGAUCAACUUGGAUAUUAUGGUUAUUAAUUUUAAAAUAUUAAAUGACCACAUGCCCAAUGUUUUAAGUGAGGAUAGUGACAGACAAACGAAGUGGAUGAAUUUAGUAAUAUUUGCUGUUUUGAGUUUGUUCUUUAAUUCCAAUGAAAUGCCGGGAGUGUGGCAGGAAUGUUUAGAUUGUCUACUAAAAUAUAUAUAAAUAGAGAAAAUAUCACUGGGAGAUACUCUGGAAAAUUUAAAAUAGAUAGUUGAAGUCAUAGUAAAAAAUCUUUGA